UUCAAAAGUUUUCAGGAAGUUGUCUGAAAAAUCGAAACUCCCCUAACUGUGACAGGAAGCCUUAACAUCUCCUUUCUGAGACACCUUUUUUCGUGCGGGAGCGUGUGAAAAAUGCAGGGCAGCGCUUACGGGGCCUCGUUGGCCGGCGGGGCUUUCGAUUUAGAGAGCUUUCUGAAGCAGCCCCAGACUAUUUUGCGCUGCCUGAGCUGGAUAUUUUCUAUAGUGGUUUUUGCGUCCAUCACCGCAGAGGGCUACAUUAACCCAACAACACAGUCCGAAGGCAAGUGCAUGUUCAACAACAACGAUCAGGCCUGCAGCUAUGGAGUCGGAGUUGGAAUUCUGGCCUUCUUGGCUUGUGUUAUGUUCCUCAUGCUGGACGCCUACUUUCCAAAUAUCAGCAACGCCAAAGAGAGAAAAUACAUCGUGUUAGGAGAUUUAGUCUUCUCAGCUGCUUGGACUUUCCUGUGGUUCAUCUGCUUCUGCGUCCUGGCCAGCCAGUGGUCCAAAACCAAAGCCGUCGACGUCGUGGGGGAUGCUGCCCGGGCUGUGGUGGCCUUCUCCUUCUUCUCCAUCAUCACCUGGGGCCUUUUGACCUACUUUGCGUAUGGACGGUACCGGCAGGGAGUGAAUGAUUUUAGCCAGGACUACACAGACCCCGCCCACGACCACAGCAGCCCAUACCCACCCGCCCAGUUUGGCAACAGCGGCGCUCCCACCGGCUACCAGCAGUCGCCGUUCUCCAACCAGGAGCAGCCCGGACAAUACCAGCCUCCGUCUUACUGAAGGACUGAUAUUCAGAUACUUGAAUCCAUUGAGGGCUUUCCUUUUUAAUUCAAGACACACGCCAAUGGUUUUGCUCGCAGCUCAGAGCUGAUCUCUGCUGUCCUCUCCUUUUUCUUCUUCCAGAAUGUUGUUUAUUUGCAUAUUUGUUUGCUCAAUGAUUCCUAGUUUGUUACUUUGUCAUUGCACAUUGUAAGCCUGAUAUUUGCUGUGUUGUUUGAAAUUUCAAUUCUGAAAAUAUAUUUUUUCUUUUUUUUAAGUUUUAGAGGGCUUUGUUUGCAUUGUGUGAAAACACAUGAAGUUUUGGUGCCUAGUUUGUUUUCUGCUUUAAGAGGAAAAGACUGUUGACACGCAAACCAACAAUUGACACUGGGGCUUUUUUGUAUUUUGUGGGAAAUGUAUUUACUGUAUUUUUAUUUCUAUUAUUAUGGUUCAGUUAAUUGAUUUGGUUCCAUAUUUCUAUCCUAAACUAUAAUUUAACAAUACAGUUUAGAAUGAUUUGAUUGCAAGUCCAUAUUCUUUAAUCAAUAACUUUUAUUUGAGUUAUUUUCUCAGUAAUUACUGUCAUGCCUUUUUUUAUCAAGCACUUAAAUUACAUUUUUAUGCACUGAAAAUCAGUCAUUUCCUCUUUGGCAGUUCAGCCUUCUUCAGCUAUGGUAUCAUCUUUACAAGAAUGUAUUUUAUUUAGCAGGACCACUGAUUUAUAUUCAAUGAGGACUUUUGUAGUGCAGACACUUCAUGUUUGAGACAGAAAAUUGGGAAUUUCUUGGAUAUUGCGAUGGAUUUAAUUCAUAUUUAUUACCUUUCCUAACCCUGUAGCAGACAGAUACAUGACAAUCAAACCACUGUUUUCCUAAAGUAUUUUUUUCCUUUUGCUAUUCCUUUUUGCUUGGACUAUUUCACUCUUUCAGUGACUUUCUACUUCUUAUUCAAACAAGUGCCGUACAGAGUGUGAAGUAUCGGACGAUUGCCAAAAUAAAGACAGUUCCUCUUUUGAUCCUCUUGGACAAUUUUUAUCCUUCAUUACAGGGAAAGGUGCUCUUACUACGUGCAGUCCUUUGGCAAAUAUUUGAGCUGGGUGGCUCCUGUCAGUACCUUCCCCUCUCACCUUAUGACAGCUGGGAGCCCUAUUUUAGCAUCCCAGAGACUUAUUAUGCAGCCAUUGAAAACGGAUGUAAGGUUGGUGGUGUGAGUGAAAUGG